AUAAUUAUAAAAUAGGAGUAACAUAUAACCGUGGUUACGAACUCCCACCUGUUUCCGAUUUCAUAUGAGAGCAUGAAAAUCCCGUUUCUCCGCACUGUGUGAAUAAUUUAUCCCCCACUGAAAGCGUAUUCUCGAAGAUCAGGGGAAAUGGAAGGGUUUACAGCAAAGACGUACCGAGGAAUCCAAGGAUACUGGCGGAAGAAAGGUUACGAUCGGUUGAAAUCCGGCGGCCGUAAAAACAAGGCACCGGUGGUGCAACUCGGUGCACAAGACGACGAUUCGCAUACCAGGCGUCGAUUCUGGCGGAUUAAACCGAAGCGGCGGUUGAAGCUGAAGCUCCGUUUCUCGCCGAAGAAGUUCCUUAUCGGAUUGCGCGAUGCGUACGUUAAUUUGAUGCUCAAGCUUGCGAACACGCGAGCGUUAGGCGGCGGUUACGGCUUAGAUGGCGCCUCCGCCUUUGGAAAGCGACCGAUUAAGGAGUACGAUGAGAAGAUGCUCGUCGAGAUCUACAAAUCGAUCGUGAUGGCGCAAGGACCGCUGGUUCCCUGCGAAGCACCUGCCAUAGCCUCCAAAAAUGAUUGCCGACGAUUUGACCUUCAAAUGGAUUUGGAGGUGCAAACGUCGUGUUUAAUGCGGCCGAAUCCUUAGGUCAUGAAUUGAAAUGGCAUGUGGCGCUCCUGAUCCUAAAUCAGACUAUUCAAUAAUUUUAUUUCUUAUUUAAAAUUGCGGAUAUCAAAUUGUACUUGUAAAGAUUCCGAUAUGAGAACCGCCAUUGCAGCAUUCGUCGUGUAUAUGUAGGUCACAUGGCCCAUCCUUUAUGGGUCAUCCUUGUCUACAAUAUAAUAGAAUAUUGCAAUAAA